CUUUUUCCUUGGCUGUCUGAUGGAGCAGCUUGUCCUGGGGCCCUUGCAUGGUGCUUCCAUUUUCACAGGCCUAAAAACAAUGGACCCAGCUGACCAGGACCCAAACUCCUGAAAUGAUGACGCCGAAUAACCCUAUCCUCCUUAAAGUGAUUUCUCUUAUGCAUUCUGUGACUCGGACCAAAAACUGACGGGCAUACUCAGUAACAAGGCACUUUGUUUCUGUCAGAGCAUCACUAUCUCGGGUACUGGUUCUUCCAAACGCGUAGAUGUUGGGGUGGGGUCUCACAGAAGACUUUUUGUUUCUCUUUUCACCAAAAGAAGUUGAAUUUCAAGCCAACAACAGAAAGCUUUUGUAAAAUACGGCAUUUGAAAUGCAUUUUACUGUUAGUGUUUCUGUAAGGACCUGUAACGCAGAGGAGAAAAAUACAGUCUUGCAUGGCCUCUGAAAUUCUAACGGGCGAGGCAGCUUGAAGUGGAACUGUGGACGCAUCCCUAGUUCACCUCACAGCAGAGUAUCUCCCAACCUUCCCAUGGCACUUUCAGCCACCUUUAAUUUUGUGUCUCUCUUUUGGAAAGGUGCGAGUGGUACACACUAUGAAGGACAUUAUUUAUGAAGGGAGGGGGCAGGGGCUCCACUGGCUGUCUCCAAUGGGAAUCUUAAGAACACCUGCAGGGAGCAAGCUGCAGACACCCAGGGACAUUGGGCGGUUUCUCGUGUCUCCACCCGCUGAAGUUCGCUCUGGAGAAGCUAGCUGGUAUCUCCACGCAGAAGAAGCUCCGCGGCGCUCGCAGAUCUGCUCCAAGGGUCCCGGCGCGGAGCCGCGGAGGCCAGACGGACCGUAGCCGAGCUGGGGACCCGGGGACGAGCUCGCCGAGCCUUUCCAGACAAACGCAGCGCGCACCUCCCGGGCAGCGCCCAGAAUGGAGUGGGAGCUGAAUCUGCUGCUCUACCUGGCGCUCUUCUUCUUCCUGCUUUUCCUGCUGUUUCUCCUGCUCUUCGUGGUCAUCAAGCAGCUGAAGAACUCGGUGGCCAACACGGCCGGGACGCUGCAGCCCGGGCGCCUGUCACUGCACCGGGAGCCGUGGGGUUUCAAUAACGAGCAAGCGGUGUGACCCAGCGCUGAGCUGGUCUCAGUUCCGCCGGGAUCCAGGUACACACCUCGGGAGCGGCGGCAGGGGGACACACUCUCUACUCCUCCUCGGUCUCCGGACCCACUCAGGGCAGGGGACCGCGGGAACAGGAGUCUGACCCCGGAGCCAAGUUCUUCUAGAGCAAGCCUGAUCCUGGGAGGAGAGACCCGCAGAGAUCUAUGUCAUCGGGACCCAGGCUGGUGCCUUUGACUGGUGGUACCCAGGACCAAAGUCCGAUCACAGCCUGGGAACCCCCGCAAAGCUGGACAGUGGGUGGUGGAAUUCUUCUUACAAAAGGCCAUCCCUUUCAUACACAGAAGAAGGCACUCUGUGCUCAGAAACGCUACCUCUCUUCCUUCUGCGACUCUACUCUCAAUCUAGGAAUAUCCUGGGAGAUCGCCUCUUGAGCUGCUUCUACUCACAGCCUACGUACUGGCCAAGCAGAGGGAGAAGAAACACUUCCCACACCCAGAGCUGUGCAAAAGAACUUUCUGUGAUAUGGAACUGUUCUAUAUCUGUGAUGCCCAAUACGGCAACUACUAGUCACAUGUGUCUAGUAAACACUGAAAUAUGGCUAGCAGAGUUUAAAUUUUACUUAAUUUCACCUGAGACAGCCACAUGGGGAUGGUGGCUUUUGUAUGCACUGUUCAUACCAUUCUCUCUCGGGUGUGUUUUAGAGCUAGAGGAGGAGGUGGCAGCCAGCCACAUGCUCCACAUCCGUGGGCUUCACUGCUCUUCUUGCAUUGAGUUUGUCUCCUUGAGGAAAAGGAAAAUUAGUGUGUUGGAACUAAAUCAAAAAUGUUACCCUCUACCUAUUGCAUGUCUUCUUGAACCAAAUGGGAUGGGUUUUAGUGACACGAGACCCUGGGAAAAAUGGCAGUGCUGAUCCACCACGUGCCCUUGACCCCCGGUCCAUUCUCCCAACAGAGGUCAUUUUGUCUUGUACAGUGUGGCCCAUUUUCGUUCACUUUUUAAUAUUGUAAAUGCCAAAUGAUUAUUUUGUGUAUGUUUUUCAAAAUACCUAAUGGUUUAUAUUUUUUAAGGUUGUGAAAUAAAAAAUAAUAAUAAUUAUAUGUAAUUCAGGUUUUUUUUGUGUGAUUUUUAGUUACUCAUUAUUAUCCAAACUGUUGUAUUAAGUAGGGUAUGGUUAAUAAAGGAAAGAGAUGUUGGUUUUUAUAUGAUUUCCCUUUUAAUGCACAAGUUUAUAUGCCAAUGAAUGUUACCUUUCAAAAUCAUUAAAUGAUUCUUCUGUUACAUUUGAA